GGGUAUACGCCAUUUGUCUCGUGGUGCCAUCAUCAUGACUUCGCUGUGUAGGCUCGCCACGCGCGCUGUCUCCAAAAAGAUAAUCUUGCCUUCUCUUUAUCUGGAGCGAGCCAGAUCCAUUACUACCGCCCCUGCAUAUCCAGGCCAUAUCCCCCUCACUUGGUUCGAGAAUGCCUUUUUGCUCGUGGGUGCUGGGCUCAUGACGCUGGCUGACUCGCGUCGUGGUGACUUGGUCGCGGUAGUUGGAGAAACGUCUGCUGGUCCAUCUCUUCGUCGUCUGCGUGACAUCAUGCUUGAGAGCCCCGAGGGGAGAAGGGUCCUCAAGCAGCGACCACGUAUCAACACAACGACUUUGGAUAUGAACAAGUUGGCUCAGCUUCCCGAAGGAACUUUUGGUCGCGCAUAUACUACUUGGUUAGAACGUUGUCGAGUGACACCUGAUACAAGGGCUCCAGUUCACUACAUUGACGAUCCUGAAUUGGCAUAUGUGAUGCAGCGAUACCGCGAAUGUCAUGAUUUUUAUCAUUGCAUCUGCAAUAUGCCUGUCAAUGUGGAGUCUGAGCUCGCCAUCAAGUACUUCGAAUUUGCCAAUCUUGGCCUUCCUAUGGCUGGUUUCUCUGCAGCGCUCUACCCUUGGCGCUUGAAUAGCACGAAACGGCACAAGGUAUUAUCGGAGUAUGCCCCUUGGGCUCUGAAGUGCGGCAGUAGCGCAAGGAGUCUCAUCACUGUCUUCUGGGAGGAACGCUGGGAACAAAACGUUGAGGACAUGAAAAAGGAGUUUGGAAUCUGGGACGGUCCUCCUGCGAAGUGGCCCAAGCCGUUGAAAGGGACGAGUGAGAAGUAAGCACUGACGGAGGAGAAAUCGGUAUCCUAGAUGUGUAGUCGAGUCCAACUUGGUCCAUCAUUUUAUUUCAAGUUUACCAUGAAAACUAUGGAGUCGUCAGUCAUUACGAGCCUUUCUUCCUAUCCACCUCGUAUCCGCAAUACUGUAUGCGAUUUGCCCAAGUGAAUUAUUGCGGGCGUUCCUUGACUGCAGAUCUAUUUGUUGCGCCGUGCUGACAGUGUGGAACAAGCAGUAGGCGGAAUGCACCCGGUGUUUGCUCUCUGGAUGAUUGGAAAUGCGUUAGCAGUGCUAUCCACGCUGAUGGCAAUGCGACAUGUGCGCAGCUCUGGUAUCCAACGUUUUUCUUACUUGCUCUGGACAUUGAUGCUGCCGACUCUUU